UAUACCAUGCAGGUUGGUCAUAAUCCCUGUCCAGAACAUGUGGGUGCCUGAGAGAACCGAAGAGGAUUAAAGACCUUCCCACUCGUCCUCCAAUUAGACCACUUCAUUUGACCACAGAGAGCCAACGUUGCCGGGCCCUCGACUGGCAAAAUCUUUUACCAGGCUGCUCCAAUAGCACCCAGCCAGGAGAUUUUCGCUGCUUGAAAGAGCAUGUUGCCAACGCUCUCCCUCUGCUCCAUCAUCUGGCUCAACCGGGGUAUCAAGCUGCGGAAAGUGCACCAGUUCACCAACACCGGCCAGGUCUGAAACCGCUGGCGCCGCAGGCAUUAAAGCAGCAAAACGCGACCUUACCGACUUUUAAAAAUGCUCCUAAGCUUUGGGUGACUCCCCCUCCUCCCCUCAUCCCCCAACCCCCUAAGCAACCAUACCAACACCAACACGAGAGUUUAGUGACUCAACAGCCUUUUUGGUUUCUGAGGAGGAUUUCUGUAUAGCCGAACCCUGUUGUUGCAGUGGGACUCGUGCUGCACCAUCUAAUCCUCUAUUCGGUGGCCAUUUUGAUUUUUGUCUCACUAACAAAAUGGCGGCGGAAGGUUUUCAGUACCUUGCCCUCUACGCAUUUACCAAGGACCAGGAAGAGGACUUGGAUCUGCAGCCUGGAGACCUUCUGACAGUCAGCAAGGCCUCUCUGCUGUCCAUGGAGAACUACCAGGAGGGCUGUGUGGAGCAGCCUGAGCUCCUCGGCUGGCUCCUCGGGUACAACGAACGCACCAAACAGAGAGGUGACUUCCCAGGGACGUAUGUCAAGUAUGUGGGUCCUGUCAAAAUGGUCCUCCCAUCGAGUCAACCCAGGUCCCAGCGACCCCUCCCUGCUGCUCCAAGACCAGAGUCGUCUGAAGCUGUUUCUGUGCCGGACCUGAGCGAGCAGUUCACACCGCCAGAGACGGCUCCCCCAGCCCUCGUCAGCCUGAUCCAAGCCAUAGAGAAGAGAGGUCUGGACUGCAAGACAUUGUACAGGACAACUGGUUCCUCAGGUUCAGAUAGCCCAGUGUACAGCCUGAGCUCCGAGGGUGACAUGGGUCAGAAAGAUGUGGGUCACCUGUCUGGGUGUGUCCUGCGCUACCUGAGAGACCUCCCGUCACCAGUCAUCCCUGCCUGUAUCUACCCUCACCUUCAAACUGCUGUCACACUGCAGCAGCAGGUCCUACAGCAGUCAGCAGAUGGUGCAGUCGCUGGAACCUUGGACAGAGAUGUAAGCCUGGUCCUUGAGAGCUCCGCCACAGUCCCUCUCCAUCACCGCCUCACCCUGCAGUACCUCCUCACACACCUGACCAAGGUCACACAGGCACAGGCUAGCAAUGGCCUGGACACACACACGCUGGGAAUGAUCUUCGGACCGCUGCUGAUACGGACAGGCCCCUCUACCCCUUGGGUGUCUUUGGAUGAGGAGUUGCCUGCCCUUGUGGUGGAAAGGCUGCUGAUAGAGAGAACUACGGAGCAAGACCUCACUCCUCCGGUUCUUCCAGCAAAGCCAGUCAAGUCAAAAAUGGCACCGUCGGCCAUGACGGACACAAGCAGCCUGCUGACCGAUGCCGAGUGGUACUGGGGAGAAAUCUCCAGAGAGGAGGUGAAUGAGAAGCUGCGAGACACUCCAGAUGGUACUUUUCUGGUCCGAGAUGCCUCCAGUAAACUGGAAGGCGAAUACACUCUCACCCUCAGGAAAGGGGGGAACAACAAGCUUAUAAAGAUUUACCACCGAGACGGGAGGUACGGCUUCUCAGAGCCUCUUACCUUCCUGACUGUAGUGGAGCUCAUCAAUCACUACCGCCAUGAGUCCCUGGCCCAAUACAAUGCCAAGCUGGACACCAAGCUUCUGUACCCUGUCUCCAAAUAUCAACAGUUGGUGAAGGAGAACAGUAUAGAGGAGGUGGGAGAGCAGCUGAAGGUCUAUCACGAGCAGUACCAAGAGAAGAGCCGCGAGUACGACUCCCUGUACGAGGAUUACACACGCACCUCACAGGAGCUGCAGAUGAAACGCACAGCCAUUGAAGCCUUCAAUGAGACCAUUAAGAUCUUUGAGGAGCAGUGUGAGACUCAGGAACGCUACAGCAGAGAAUCUUUGGAGCGAUUCCAACGUGAGGGCAAUGAGAAAGAGAUUCAAAAGAUCCAGAGCAACUCAGAGCGUUUGAAGUCUCGUGUGAAGGAGAUCCACGACAGCAAGCGGAAGCUGGAGCAGGACCUGAGGCAGCAGGUCUGUGAUAACAGAGAGAUCGACAAGAAGAUGAACAGCCUCAAACCGGAUCUCAUGCAGCUCCGCAAAAUCAGAGACCAGUACUUAAUAUGGCUAACCCAGAAGGGGACAAGGCAGAAGAAGAUCAAUGAAUGGCUGGGCAUUAAGAACGAUGCUGAUGACUCCUACUCACUGGAGGAGGAUGAGGGCUCACCUCACCAUGAUGAGUGUACCUGGUAUGUGGGUGACAUCAAACGCACCCAGGCUGAGGAAAUGCUGAGAGGCAAAUGUGACGGAACCUUCCUCAUCCGUGAGAGCCAAUCACAGAAGGGCUCCUACGCCUGUUCUGUAGUUGUGGAGGGUGACACGAAGCACUGCGUCAUAUACAAGACGGUCACAGGUUAUGGAUUUGCUGAGCCCUACAAUCUGUACUCGUCCCUCAAAGACCUGGUGCUCCACUACAAAAACGUCUCCUUGGUCCAACACAAUGACCAGCUGAAUGUAAAUCUAGCCUAUCCUGUCCUGGCCCGCUCUCAGAACCAGAACCAGCACCCCAGAUGAAUCCUCCACCAGCAGUGUAGGACGCCAACCAGGGUGGGGACAUUUUCACUCAUAUGCAUUGGGAAAGAAUAAACCUCUGAACAAUCCUUGUUCUUGUUUAAGUGGCGAUAAAUAGACUCAACAGCCAUGAUUUAAAAUUCGUAAGUUUUUUACUGGAGGCUGGUGCUAAUUUCCCACGCUGACCCAAAUCAGCAAAUAGCACUCCUUGCUAACAGCAUGGCUUCAAAAUAAGCACACUACUACCAGUAACGAAGCACUGUAUAGUUAGCCUGGCUGACGCAGUGAGUUUUCACUUGAGUGUCGCAUUAGACAGCCAUGACUCUACAGUGUCAGUUAUGAGAAAAGAAGCGUGAGAAAUUCACAAAGAAAAUAACUUUGAUAAUGAGAAAUAUAUGACUAAAUGUGUUAAAAGAUGACAAAAUAAGCACACAACAAUGUUGUUUUCAAGAUUGUGGAGAAAACGAGAGAAACCACAUGGUGGAAUGAAUUUACAGGAGACACUUUCAUUUUUCUUUUGUUUUUUGCCUUGAACACGUAAUAACAGUCCAUAGACAAAGGCCCAAUCUGUCAUCCCCAGACUGCCUGCAAACUCUCCAUCGACAAAAGCCUCAGCUGUCAUCCACUGAAAGGACUGGCUUGGCUAAACCAGGCUGCUCUCUUCGCACCUAAAGGCGGCUGAGAAACCGUGGACCAGGUCACUGGAGCCAGAAAGUGGGGGUUGAUGUUUUUAGGGUUUUUUAAAACAUUGAUUGAAUUUAAAGCUUGCUUAAGUGCCAUAGUAAUAGCUUUGAAUGACCACAAGCCUGUGUCACGAGAACAAGGGGGCACGUCAAGGUUGAAAGAAGGAAGGAGGGAAUGUUGACAUAGACAAAGCUACAGCUUUAAAAGAUACACAACACAUAAGUAUAUUUUUUAAGAAAUUAUCUUAAUUUCCAACUGCUUUGGCUCUCAGUGGGCCUCCUUUUGAACUGACGAGGUACAACAUACAGUACAUACUGUAUUACAGGAUAGAAAUGCAUUGUACGUAUUUGGUAUAUAAUUACUUUUUAAUCACAAUACACUAGAUGGAAAGGUACAUUGAUAAAUGCAGUUCCACAUGAUUCAGGUUUCCUUCUAAAUGGAAUUUGUGGAAAGACUCCUGCAAUGAACGUCUCUUUGUUUAAGACUUCUUCCUUCUUUUUUCAUCCUCUUUAAUACUGUAGCACCUGUAGCCAUCGACUUAAGGCAUAACUGUUAGUGCUCCUUUUUUUGUCUUAUUUCUAUAUACUAAAGACACUUGCAGAACAUCAAUCUAUGUGAUUCUUGUAUCUUCGGUACUGUAUUUACCUCGUCUCUAGUUAGAUUAGACUGUUUUAGUGGUACGAUGUCCUUGCAGUUGUGCGUUGUCGUUUUGUUUUGAUGUAGAUUAACUGACGGUACUUCCUGCCCCCCUUGCGCUUGACUGUUCAUUUCAUCACAAGCUUGACUCAGAGCUGUAGAACAUUUAUGUACAAAAAAAAGAAAGCAGUAAUAUAACUCAUGUACAGUAUAUUUCAGACACACAUGCUGUCAGUGUAUGUGACUUUAUACAGUUUAAAUGCCAUGUUUCUUAAUGUUUUCAGAAUAUUUGCUAUGCUCUUAGAUUUCUGUUUAAGGAUACACAGUAUCCAGCUAAUGUGAGCCAAAUGAAGGAUGUCUUUUCAUGUAGCAAGAAAGAAAAGAGAAAAAAGAAACGAUCCUUUUGCCAUUUAGCAUGGCCUCUGUGGUCUGAGAGAUUAUCUAGUACAGUAUGCGUGGAGUCCUUCAUUUGCGUUGUUGUUUUUCUGUAGUGCAUAUACAGUAUGAUGUGUGGUAGUACUAUGCACAACACAUUCUUAGAUUUACAGUAGUUCUCUGAUCAAUCCCCUCCCUCAGUUAUGUGCUGUGGCAGGGAAUUUCUCCCCGUCUCCCUCAUGUUCAUUUGGCUUGAGGUAAAGAUUGUACCAUCUCUGUUCUGUGCCACUUUCAAAGCACAGUUGUGUAGAGGCAUGGUCAUUCAGUUAUUCUAGUGUGGCCGAUGAAAAUUAAAGUUGAUUUACAUAGUUGAUUUCUUGAGAAUGAAUGCAUAUAAAUAAUCUCUCAAAUGUCUUACAUAUAGACUCAGAUUGCCAAAAAGGUUAAAAAAAGAGUAUUUUUGUAGAAAGGUAUAGAAGAGUCAAAAGUAAUUGGCAAUACAAUGUUUUAGAAAAAAGUGCACUGUUUUUAAAGGUUGCACAUUUGGCUUGUUGAAUUUUGUCUUAUUUUGGUUGAAGAGGGAUAGAAAUUUGGAAGAAGUUUUGCUCCAAAAUGAGAUGUUCACCUUCUCUUGUGGUCAUGAAAGUCAGUUAUUAGUUAAUAUCAAACCUACGUUUCAUCUAAAGACCUCCUGUAAGUUUUCAACAAAUACAAUGUUUUUUCAGCAUUGUAUUGAUAUUUCUGUUUUUGACAUGUUUCACAAAGAAAUUUCAGGUUUCAACGUUUUUUUUCAAACAGACCAAUCCCAUUUUUAAAUGAAACCUAACUCUACCUGAAAAGUUUAAAUCAAGACAUCAGUUUGAGUUCAGUCAGGACGAAUCAAUUGUACUGUACUUUGCACAGUUCUUGGCAAAUAGAAAAUCCCAAGAAUUAAACUAGAGGUGACGGCGGUGCUUCUGAUUAGAGGGCUUUAAAAACAUGUGAGCGAGAAAGAUUAGAAGUGCCUUUAGUCAUUGUGAUGAGCUCGUCUUCUCCUCAUUGUCACUGGAGCAUUGCUCUACAAGAUGGUGCCACCACCACCAUAUGCUGUGCCCCAUGGUUCACAAAUUUGCCAUUUAUCAAAGACUAAAGGAUAUCUGGCAAAUUAGGAUAGUUGUGUGUGUGUGUGUGUGUGUGUGUUGUGUCUGUGUCUGUGUUGUGUCUGUGUCUGUGUCUGUGUUGUGUAUGUUAGAGCAAAUCUGAGCAUGUUAUAAAUAAGAGAGUGACAGAUUUUAGUUGUGCCUCUUCGUUGUUACAUCUAUAGUUGUUAAAUAUUCCUUCUUUCUAUGAUGGGGGCUGUACAGUAGCUUGGUGCUCUAUCUCACUGUGCACCAAAGCUAGAUUUCUUUGGUGUGUUUUUUUUUUUUUAAUUAUGUGUGUGGUAUAUUUUUGGAUAAAACUCAGAUAAGACAGAAAUGUGAACCAUACACAUCCGUGGCCCAGCCCAGUUGUUUAAAGCUCAUUUGAUAAGCUCUCAAGUUGAUGCAUGCAGCAUUUUUCAGUGUUUUAUAUUAAGGGUCAUUUACUUUGUGAACAGGCGAUCUGGUUGAGUCAUCCGCCACUGCUGACACAUCCAUUAUCCAGUUUGUUGGACCAACACUUUUGUGACUGCACUUUUUUUCUGUUCCACACACUCAAACUAGUGUGUUUAACACCCAACAACCAUAAAUUCGCAGACAAUGGUGAAGCUUAGUUGUCAAUGGCGUUUAAGCUCUUUCCAUACAGGUUAGCGGGAGUGAUUGGCAUUUUUCUUUUUGAUAUCGGAGUAUACAGUGUACAGUAUAUGUUUUUGUUGUUUUUGCGGACAACAAUUGUCAUGUAAUUCUAAUGCUUUUGACUGAUUGCAAUGUUUUCAUUAUAGGUUUAGUUUUACUAUAUGGACUGUAUAAACUCUGUAAUACUUAUAAAAAAACAACUUUAAGGAGAGCUGCUGGCUCAUUAUGCAAUUCGUGCCCACACAGCAAAAUUGUCCAACUUAACAAGAUGAAUAACAUUCAUUUUCCUAAAGAUUCAUUCACCCAAAUUGCAGAAAGAUAUUAUAUUUUACUUUCUGUUGCGGUAUGUAAACAUGCAAUUUAGAAAUAUCAGUCUUCAGAAUUCUUUCUACUGAAGAAAUAGUCCUUUAGAAAACUGUUCAAAGUGGAGUAACCAAAACUGGAAAGACAUAUUGCUGUUUUUAAAUGCUUUUAGGAGCACAAAUGAAAUUCAGUUCACCCCCAUUAUACUCGUGUGGCUCAACACAUGAAAGUGAAACUAAAUGCAUGGCUAGAUACUGCUAGGGGAAAGUGAAAACUUUGGGGGGUUUUAGGGGGAUUUGGGUAAGCCAAAAACAUGUAUGGGAAAAUCAUGCCAGUUUUUAGUUACUUAAAGAAAAAUAGAAACGUAGAACUGAAAAGCUUGUUAAGGUGAACAUUUUUGCAGUGUAGGUAAACACUUUCAUCUGCCAUAUACGCCAUGUUAAUAACAGAUGUUUAAUAGCUAGAAGCAAUGCAACUUUAGUAGCAGUGAAACCUGGUCAGGCAGUGAGACAGGCAUAAAACGGGCAGAAGAUGAAGACUUUAUUGCGCUUUGACUAGCUUAGAGGUGAGAGUUUAAUCCCACCUUUGGUAGACGUAACUCAAGACUCAAAGCUUUCAUCCCGCUCAUCUAUUAGAUAUGCAUUUGUGUCAGAGCUUCUUGAAAAACAUUUUCUAUAUGACAAAUGAUCAAUUAAAUAUUUUUUCAUCAGCUUUGGUACACUGUAAAUGAUAUUUCUUGAAAUGGCCUCACACACAAAGCACAUCUUUCACUGACUACAAAGAAAGACAUAUAUUUGGUGUCUAAGGUUUGAAGAAUGAGAGACAUACUAGAGAAUAAAUAUUUUGAAAUAUAUACUUAGAUAUCUAUAUUUUUGGAUGAUGUAAUUCUGAUUUGGACUGUGCUUGAAACAGAUCAGAAGGAGGCUUUGAUGUGAACAUGAUCUUUAGACUUGCUCCACGGCUGCUUUGUAUUUGAGCAGUUAUUGAAACGCAAGCGUUUUUACUAAUCAGCUGCAGUAAGCUUCAUUAUGAUCAGCAACAAACUUUGUGGCGACAGUUGAUUGACAUACAUGUAAUCUAUUAAGCAUGAUUAUCAGGUGCAUUCAGAGGAUGAAGCAAGCUUUUGUACAUGUGUUAAUAUUUACAGAGCUGAGUCUAUAUGUUAAACGCAGUCUUGGCUGCUUUGCAUUUAUUAAAUAUUAGAGAGGAGUUGUUUCUUGUUUUGUUUUUUCUUGAAUGUGAGAAUCUGUUUCAUUGUGAGUAGAGUGUUGCACCACAAAAGAUACACUUAAUGUAGGAUGCUGCCACAGAGAUCCACCACAGAUUGGAAACUGAUGCUGUAACAAAGUGAACCAUCUUACCACUGUAUCUUCCUUUGGCAGAUCUCUGUGGUCUCUAAAGUUGUUUUUUCUUUUUUGUCCUGGACUCAAACACGCAGGCAGGAGUGGGGGAAAAAAGAAAAAAUAAUACCUGAUAACAUGAAAAAAGGUACACCGUUUAACGGUUCAUGAUCACUCCUUUACGCAGAUCUUUGUACAAGGAACAAUGAUGGCAUUACAAAGUGUUCUGUUAUGGUGCCUGAGUAUAUUAUUCGUUUUUUAUUUGGCUUUUUAAAAAAGCUGAUAGAUUUGUCUGUCCAAAUGUUUUGUUUGUUUGUUUGUUUGUUUGUUUAUAUCUGUUUAUGUCAACCUUACAGAGCCUAUAAAGAAAAAAAUAAGCUAGCUUGAAAUUUUUCCUUCAUACAGAAAAAAGAAAUACAAAUGUUUACAAUAUGUAAUUAACCAAAUAGUAAAUAUGCGUUUGAGAAUCAAUCUGUCUGUCCCUCAAAGUGGCUGUGAUAGAUUGAUUUAUAUUUCAUUAUUUCCUUUCAUUUUAAACUUGAAAAUGUUAUGACUGCUUGUUCUGUUUUUUUUUUCUGUUUCGGUUUGUUCCUCUUUUUUUCACUAUGAGAACAGUGCUCCCUCAAUUUCAAAAUAAUAACUUAACAGUAUAGGUCAACAAGAUACAUUUUUCCAUAAUACAUAGGUAUUCAUCAGUCUUUGUCAUUCUUUACCUGCUGACUACUUCACCUUACACUGAGCCUUGUAUAUGCAUAACUGAAUCCUAACUUGAGACGCUGUCGCAUCUUUUGCUGUUUAUAUUACACACAGUUUGGUAGAUUUCAGUGUGACUCUGCCAGGUGUUUUUCUGGUAAGAACUCUGUUCAUAGAAUUUAUAGUGGGUGACUCCCACAUGUUGUGAAUAACAGUAAAAACACACCACAGGGUGAACAUGCUUGAGUACAAUUUUAGUACACAAACAGUUGGAAAUUCAGGUAUAAGUAUCAAGAGGCAUCCAAUUCUUCAUUUUGCACUACACAGAUGAUGCUCAAAUGAAAAGUGGAAUCAGUUGCUCUAUUGGUUGGUUAACUAAUUUUUAAGACCAAAAUGUAUCCACUAUAUGUAAUCUCAGCUUGUGUGUGAUUUCCAUUUAAAAGAUGAUGACGUUAACUGCACUUUCAUUUCCCCUUUUUUUUGCCUGUAUCAAAUUCUCGGUCUGGACUUGGACCUGAAAGGUUUGAUUAUUCUGAUGGAAAUGUUUUCACUGGUGUACAGUAGUUUACAUUCAAGACCCAACUUUGCACGUUGGAGAAAAGAUUGUCAGUGAUCCACUUGGCAACGGGCAACAAUACAGAGAAACAACGAUUUAAAACACACAUCCACAUUGUUACACUAAUAACAAGUCAAUGUGUCGUCUCCCUUUCCCUUUGACCUACCAUGUUACCCAACAAGUUGCCUAGUGUAUCACUGCCUCAGCAGCAGCAACAACAACAACAGAUACAUGGUUUUUAAUACAUAGUAAAUAAUGAUGUGGUCUCUUUCUUUCAAAAACGGUGAAUGGAAAUGAAUGGGGCAGUCAGAUAAAGCUACUCUACACCAAAGUGCAAUUGAACUCAGAGGGAGCACUGUUUCAGCCAGUAGAUGCAUAUUGGUUGAGGUGUGCCCAACCCCUAUGCACGAAAAGAUGGUUAUUCUUCUCUUCUCUUGUGUAAUCCUCCCUCCGUUGGUCUGUCUUAAUUCAGAUGCGACGUUUCUUUCUUUCUCUCUCAUGUACAGCUUGCUUCAGAGUUGUGUUUGUUCUCAGACAGGUACUCUUUCAUCUGUACGAUUCUUUCUUUAGGCUGAUGCAAUGAUUUUAAAAGACAAUAAAAGAUAUAUGAAAUGA